AUGGUGGCGCCCUUCUGUCAAUGUCGUCGGUCUAAAUCGACCAACACAGGCAGCUCCUGCAGCGACCCGAUACCGGAAUACUCGGCCGCUGAAGAGAUGAACAACGAGCGAUCCUGGCUCAGUGUGCCCCGGGGAGACAGCCACGUCACCUGCGAUAUGAAGGUAAUAGAGCCAUACAAACGCGUGGUCUCGCACGGCGGCUACGACGGUGCGGGCGCGGCCGUGAUCGUGUUCAGCGCGUGCCACCUGCCCGACGGAGCGCGGCCGGACUACAGAUACGUGAUGGACAAUUUGUUCCUCUACGUCAUCUGGACGCUGGAGCGACUGGUGACUGAUGACUACGUGCUAGUGUAUCUGCAUGGCAGCGCCGGCGCGAGACGAAUGCCUACCUUCCACUGGCUGCACGAGUGCUAUAAGCUUAUAGACCGGAGGUACACUAUAGCCGGCGCGAGACGCAUGCUUACCUUCCACUGGCUGCACGAGUGCUAUAAGCUCAUAGACAGGCGAUUAAGAAAAAGUCUGAAGCAUCUGUAUUUAGUUCACCCAACGUUUUGGCUCAAGUCGUUUGUGAUACUCACCAAGCCUUUCGUCAGUUCUAAAUUCUUCCGCAAGUUAAGCUACGUUCGCAGUUUAGACGAGCUGUCGCGUUGCGUGCCCGUCGCGCCGCACGCUAUCCCCGACCUCGUACGGCAGUACGACGCGGCGCGGUAAGCCUCGUACGAGGUUGAUUCCACCCCGUACGCCCACUGAUGGAAUUGGGUUCCUGUGUAACAUAAGUUCGGCCAUACGAGGUUAUUUCCACAACGCACAUUCACUGGGACCCCCGUGACUAUCAUAAAGGCUGUCACGCAGACACGAGCCUGUUCAGCCAU